UCAUGCAGGGAGUGGGUGUAACACAGUGCUGUGUGUCUGGCCUCCAUACAAUGGGCUGCACAUUGUCCUGAAUGGGAUGUGUGUGUAUCCAGCCUCCAGUGUACGUGGCAGGGAGGAGGAGGAGGAGGAGGCUCCAGGCUGAUCAGUGGAAGGAGGGAGCUGUGCUCUAAGGGAAUAGAAAUUGUCAGUUGUGGAAGUUUUCAUUGGAAGUUAGUUUGUAAAGGCAGUCCUAUACAGCAUACGGAGGGUUAAUCCCGGAGCCUGCAGCGUGGCAUCUAAUACACAUCUGGCUGCCGGGAGAUAAAAAUCCAAAAUGUCGAGCGAGGAAAGUAAAACGGAGGAAGAAAACACAGAGACUGCUCUAGAGAAGAUCACAGAUCUGGUACUGAGUGAGGAAAGCAAGUCCAUGUCCCAAGAAAGCACACAGAGCAGCCAAGAGUCUAAUACAUCAUGUGCUGAGUCGGCUCCAGAGGAAAAAGCCCACCAAGACGGGCAAAGCCAAGAAAGCCCAGAGGAACUUUGUGAGUCGGUGAGCUUAGAGCCAGCAUCUGAGGCCACAGCCAAUCAGGAAGAGCAUGACCAUCCCGAUGAAGAAGGUGCUGCAAAAGGAAGUAGCUGGUCUACCUGGGGGACAUGGGGCAAAUCCCUCUUGUCAUCAGCUAGUGCCACUGUAGGUCAUAGCCUAUCUGCAGUCAAGGAAAAAGCCGGAGUCACUUUGCGAAUGAGAAACUCAGAGUCUGAGUCUGAUACUGGAGAACAAGUGUUGCCAGAAAAAGGAGAUUGUCCAGCAGAGCCGUCAUCACCUACAGCGGGUUCCCGUGGUGUAUUUUCCACCAUAACAAAUGUUGUACAAAACACCGGUAAAACCGUUCUCAGCGGCGGUCUGGAUGCCUUGGAAUUUAUAGGGAAGAAGACAAUGAAUGUACUCGCAGAAAGUGACCCCGGCUUUAAGAAAACGAAAAUACUUAUGCAGAGGACAGUAUCUCUAUCACAGAUGUUACGGGAAGCUAAAGAAAAGGAGAAGCAGAGACUGUCUGAGCAGUUGUCAGAUGAGAGGACGGCGCACUAUGGAAUGUUGUUUGAUGAGUAUCAGGGACUGUCACACCUGGAGGCUUUGGAAAUAUUGUCCAACGAAAGUGAGACAAAGGUCCAAGCAUAUUUAUUAUCAUUAAAUGAGGAACAGCUGGAAACACUAAAGGCAGAACUUAUCGCAAUCAAAGAGAUUUUUCUUCAGAAAGACUUUGACAAUGGAGAAGAAUCUAGCAAAGAAGAGGAAGAGAAAGAAGAGUUUGCCAGUAUGCUUACUGAAUUAUUAUUUGAGCUCCAUGUUGCUGCUACACCUGACAAGCUAAAUAAGGCCAGGAAGAAAGCCCAUGAUUGGUUGUCUUCAGAAAGCAUGUGUCCGGAAGAGCCGCCAAAGGACCCGGAGGCAGAUGGCCAGGAGGUGAUAGAGCUUGUGAAAGAAGAUCCUAAAGAAAGCAGCGAAGAACUUCUAGCUGAACAACAGAAGGGCAUCACCACUGAAGAUGUGUACAUGACAUCUAUUGAAAGUCUGGCUGAAAUCACCGCUCGCUGCAUUGAACAGCUUCAUAAAGUGGCAGAACUGAUUCUUCAUGGACAGGACAUAGAAAAGCCGGUGAAGGACCAAGCUGUUGUCUUAACAAAGUUAACCUGUGCUAUGUGUAAAGAAGUAACAUCCUUAUCAAAAAGGUUUACUGACGGUCUGACCACUGUUGGGAGCAAGCUCAAGGCAGAAGCCUUGAAUCCUAUGAUUAACAGUAUACACCUAGAGGGAAGUAACAGCACAACUUAUAUCCAGGAUGCUUUCCGGCUGCUGCUUCCCAUACUGCAAUUCUCUCACAUUCAGGCAACCUCUUCUAAAGCCUAGCACCAUCUACAACUACAGCCUGAGCUAAAUCGCAGCAAAGCCUAACAAUACUGUUCCAGUUGACUGUGAUUUAACCAAUAGGAACAGCUUGCUGCUGUCUGCCGUAUGCAAAUUUGCACAUCGUAGGUUUUGGAAAGUCUUUGUUUCAUAAAGUUGAUGAUUUUGUCUAGAUAUUUAAUGGUUUGAUCUGCAGAAAGUAGAACACCACUGAAUGCUAACAGUUUCGCUUUGAAUAACAAAUGAUUAGACUUCAUGAUAUUAAGAGAUUGUGUAAUUUAUAUUUCGCAACUAUACCCAAAAUUCGUAAAAUAUUCAUACCAAAUAAAUGUCUUCCUUUAAUGUAAUGAAAGUGCUGUCUUUCCAAGAAUAAAUAUCUGCUGACUAUGCCA